AUGAGUUCUGCUACGUCAACUGCACUAUUUGCUUGUUCCCGUUGUUUUUCAAGGCAUCCUUUCGAGGAACUAUCCCCUGGAGAACAGCUGUGUAAAGAAUGCCGUGGUUCGUUCCCGGUGGUGAAAUGCACGUACUGUCGAUCGGAGUUUCAACAAACAAGUAAAUCAAAUACAUCAUCAAUAUGUAAGAAAUGUGAAGCGAAUGUGAAGGCUUAUGGCAAACCUACUGCAUGUGAAUAUUGCAACAUCAUCGCUGCAUUUAUUGGCAACAAAUGUCAGCGGUGUGCAAAUUCAGAAAGAAAAUAUGGGUCCGCUGUAACAUGUGAGCAAUGUAAACAAAGAUGUGCUUUUGACAGACAUGAUGAUAGUAAAAAGGUUGAUGGCAAACUGCUAUGUUGGCUCUGCACCCAAUCAUUGAAGAGAGCUCUUGCUAGAACCAAACAGCAUCUUUCUUCAGUUGACAAACACAAGCACAGAUCUCACAAAUCCAAACACAAUCACAAAGAAAAGCGUAAAUCUGACUCAAUGAAAGGAAAUGGUAACGAUUUAUCCAUGGGUGAUGCCCCAUUGGAGAAAAAAUCUAAACUAAACCCACUUCAAGGUUUGUUCUCAGGGGAAUUAGAUCCUAACAGUUCAGACCAUGUAGUAGCUAUGACACAAUUGAAGGAAACUAUUGCAAGUUUACAGAAGAAAGUGCAGCAGAAAGAGAUGGAAUUACUCUCCAAAGAUAAAUUGAUAACAGAACUUAAGGCCCAACACCACAAUGAUACAACAGACCUCCGUAUCGAGAUGAAGAACAAAGAGCGUCUUAAUGAGACAAAAUUCAGCCUUAUGAACAGCAAAAUCCAGAAUUUGCUUAAGGAAGUGGCAACACUGAGCAAGUCUGCUAAAAGAAAUAAUAAAAAUAUUAAAUCUCUGACAAACGAUAACAGUGGAAGUGGUACAGACAGCCCAAGCACCAAUUAG